GUUUUGUGGAGAAUAAUCGAGCUGAAGUAGAAAGAUGAACAGUGUGGCGGAGCUGGAAGAUGGACAGCAGAACAAGGUGCAGAGGACGAGCUGUAGCUACCUCCUGUGCACCAUCCUGAUUUUCGUCUCAGUGCUUCUAGCCGUCACAGUAACAGGCACCAUCCUGUUAAUGAACCACUCCCAGUCCCCUUCCAACCCUGAUGCCCCUCCUCUCAUCAGCACCAAUCAGGAUGAAGGCAAUGCCCUGGUGACAGUCGAGAGGGGUGACGGUUCACGAAUUAACAUCUUCAUUGACCCCAACUGCCCUGACUACAACAGCAACUUUUUGCGUCUGGAGGGAUUGCAGACUUCACUACUGCAAUCUAUUAGCCACCAUGACACAGACCUGAAAUCAGUCAAGGGACAGGAGCGAGCACUGCUUGUCCAACUGGCGGAAGAGGUGGCUAAACUAGCGGCCCAUAGCAACCAGCUAAAGAUGGAGUACAGCGCGCUGAGUCGGGGCCAGAUCGGCAUCAGCCAGGAGAUCAGCACUCUGCAGUCAGAGCAGGCCAGGCUCAUCCAGCAGUUGUCAGAGAGUCAUAUCAACAUGAUGAAGAUCCUGAACUCAGUAAGCAACACGUUUGACUCCAUGCAAAAGGAUCCUGGCAACGUGAAAGUGCUCCUGAAGGCAGAUCUGCAAAAAGCUCCAGUGCGAAUCGGUGUCCAGCCUAAGGGCUGCUCCAGCAGAGACGGCUCUCGUCCCAGAGACUGCAGUGAUAUCUAUGCUAGUGGACAGCAUGAAGACGGGAUCUACUCCAUAUUUCCUAUACACUUCCCAACAGGCUUCCAGGUCUACUGCGACAUGACUACUGAUGGAGGUGGCUGGACGGUGUUUCAGCGCAGAGAGGACGGCUCUGUGAAUUUCUUCAGAGACUGGGCUGCUUAUCGCGAGGGUUUUGGCAAGAUCACUGGGGAACACUGGCUCGGUCUGAAGCGGAUCCACGCUCUGACCAUUCAGGCCAACUACGAGCUGAGAAUCGACCUGGAGGACUUUGAGAACAGCACUUCCUUUGCUCAGUAUGGAUCUUUUGGAGUGGGUCUGUUCUCCGUUGACCCUGACGACGACGGCUACCCGUUGAGCAUCACAGACUAUUCGGGGACCGCCGGUGACUCAUUGCUGAAGCACAAUGGCAUGAAGUUUACCACGAAGGACAAGGACAACGACCACUCUGACAACAACUGUGCGACCUUCUACCACGGAGCCUGGUGGUACCGGAACUGCCACAUGUCCAACCUGAACGGACAGUACCUGCGAGGCCAACACUCAUCCUACGCUGAUGGUAUAGAAUGGUAUUCCUGGACAGGAUUGCAGUACUCGCUCAAGUUUACAGAGAUGAAGAUCAGACACAAAUGUGAGGAAAAUGAAUAAGCAGAGUGCCAAGGAACUGAACUGAAGCUAAACAUUUGAGAUGCUAACUACAGAAUUAUGGAAAACUCUAAAAUAAUUUAUGCACCUUCUGUUUAGCGUGGUUUUGUUUCUAGAUCCUUUUCAUCAUUCCACCAUUCAAUCAUAGUGUAGUAUUAGUGCUGAAACACAUUGGGUUCUACUUUAGCUGGUUAGUUCUUUAAAUAUAAAUAUGAAAUGAUAAAGUUAUUUAUGUCCUAAAUUUUAUUGUUAAUAAAAUAAAAAUGACU